CACUUUAUGUCAUCAUUUUGCGACGGGCCAGUUUGGAAAGAGUUAACAUACCGGUGGUUGUUUUCGUAACUGCCUGCAGUUAGCAUCGUGCAUUUCCUAACUCGGGUUAUCUACAUCUUGAAUUGACCAAAUCCGACAGUAUUUAAUCAGUUUAUUGGGAAAAGUUUACGCUGACUAUUUGAGGAAACGUUACACCCCCUGGAAAAGAUACCCCUGGUGUCAGAUGGAGCAUCGUUGGUUAGUUUUUGCAGCCAUGAGGAAUCUUUGGGGCAAGGCCAGCGUGUUCGGUUCGGUGUCCGUGGCUUUCGGCUCGAUGCUGUGGUCACAGCAGAAGACCGAACCCGAGCAGACCUGCAGCUACUUGCCUGCAGACACGGACCCUAGUUCACCGUACAAACUGAAACUCGUCCAGGUCCUGUUCAGGCACGGAGCCCGAACGCCUCUAAAGUCAAUACCUGACGUUUUGGAGGCCCAGUGGGUGCCGACGCUGUUGGAGCCUCCUGCGCACACCGAUAUCAACUACGUAGUGACGGAUCUUCACGGUGGCCCCAGGCCCCCGGCUCCUGUAGAAGACAGCUACCGCAAAAACACGCUGACGGGCGGCACGUACCCCGGUCAGCUGACCACAGUGGGAAUGCAGCAGCUGUACGAGCUGGGCGAGAGGCUGAGGAGGAGAUACAUUGAGGAGAGACCCUUCCUCAGCUCCACCUUCAGCUCGUCUGAGGUCUAUGUGCGCUCCACUAACAUUGUGAGGACCAUUGAAUCUGCCAAGUGCCUGCUUGCAGGGCUCUUUCAGCAAAAACAAAAAGAAACCGUGCCUAUAUUGACGACGGACGCGGAAUCGGAAAUUCUGUACCCUAACUACCACGGGUGCAAGCUGCUCAAAAUCCUUGGCAGCCACCGCUGGGCAGAGUCGUCCACUCUGCCAGACAUUGCAGCAGACCUGCAGAGCAUCCAGAGUGCAUUGGGGAUCGCUGCACACCAGCACGUCGACUUCAUCCUCAUUAGGGAUGACAUGGUUGCCAGAGAGACACACGGCCUGCCCUGUCCACCAGCGCUGGACACCUGGAGGGAGAAAGUAGAACGGAGAGCUGUGGACAUGAUGUACUACGUCUACGAACCCAGCAAGAGGGAGAACCUGCAGCUGUGUGUGGGACCUCUCCUGCACACACUUGUGGACAACAUUGAAAAGACACUACAGAGCACGUCUUCACAGUCAAACAGGAAGUUGUUUCUGUACUCUGCGCAUGACACAACUCUGAUUCCCUGUCUCAUGGCCCUUGGGAUCUUUGACAUGAGGUGGCCACCGUACGCUGCUGAUAUCACUCUGGAGCUGCACCAAAAGCAAGCGACUAAUGAGGCCUUUGUUAAGGUGUCAUAUGCAGGACAGGAUCAACUUAUACCAGGUUGUAGUGGAGUCUACUGCCCCCUGCAGGAGUUCAAACAGGUCAUCUCAGCCCACUCACUCAGCUCUGAACAUUAUCUGUCACUUUGUAACAGCAGCAAGGGCUCGACGAAACCCUGAACCCCUCAACAAACCUUUACGUGAACACCUGUGAAAUUACAAGCGCACACAUCAUGUUUUCUUUUUUUUGGUUUUGUUUUGUUGUUUUUUUUACAUCCUCACUUAUCAAUCCAUCGGUCGUUACACCUUCCUGUCAGCCUAAGUUUAGCCACCUGUGGAGAACGUUUAAUUUUGUGAAUCGUUUGCAAUUCUGUGUUCUUUCCGUAAUCAUGGCAGCCCGCGUUUUAAAUUUAUAUAAGUUAAUUUAAUGAAGACAAGUGCUUCUGUGAGGAAUAGGUAUCCGAAUGCACUCCUCUAUUCUGUUUGAGUUGCUCAGCUAAGUUAUUCCGUCUUUGUUAUUGUCUACAAAAACAAAUCCCGAAUACCCAGCGUCAUUCUUACAUAGAACAUGUUUGGCUUGGUUCUCAAAGACGACUGAAUUAUGCAUUUGUUGGGGCCGCGCUCUGUGGUCGCUGAACAUGAACAAUGUAUGGUAUGUGCCACUGCUUUAAAAAAUAAACCCAUGCUCUUUGUAAUGAAGGGACAUGUCCCUCACUGAUGUCUUGGAGCUACCGGAUGCGCAUUUAAUGAUUUUAGAGACGGCGCAGGUGAAUUAUAUCGUUAUCGGGCUUCGAAUGCAAAGAUUUGUUUUAACGUGAGGUCCAUGUUGGUUUUACUCUUUUUAGAUUUUAAAGACAAACGCGCAAUAUUAUCAACCUUUACCUCGUUAUUUUAAACAGCUGUUGCCAUUUAACAUGGACAUCUUAAAGGUUGUUGUCUCAAUACUUGUAUCGGAUCAUUAAUGCAGUUAUUCUGCCAGACUGGUUGAUUUCAGAGUAAUAAUUUCCUUUCUCAGGAGAAAACGAAGAAUGUAUCAAACAUUCAUAAAUAAUGAGUGUAGAUUGUGUGUUACUACAUGAAUGUUCUGCUUCAGUGUAUUUCACAGAAGAACAUCAGUUCAUUAUUUGCCGUUACCGUCAGACCACACUGUAUUAUAUGCAUGAAUAUAUGACCUUAACAUAGAUCCGAGUGUCACGAUAUCACACCUUGUAGCUAAUCCGUUUCCUUCAGGCUGCUGUAUGAAAUGUUAAUAUGUUUGGUUUGGACUGAUGAGACAUAAAAACACAUUUUAAUCAA